AUGUAUGGGCAAGUGAGGGAUCAUCCCCAGAGAGACGAUCAGAUUAGUCUUGGGUUGAAGCCCAUGGCAUUCCCGAUUCGACAGGUCUCGACCGAGGUCCCAGAUGACGCCCAAGAGAAUUCCAUGCUUGUUGAGAUUGCUCAUUUUCCGUCGUAUCUCAAGGAUCGCCGUGGGUCAUUUUUGGGGGCAAUGAUCGACACCGCAUGUUGGGUCAAGUCGAGUCGCGCGACAGUGUUUUCGCUCACUCCUGGCCUAUGA